UGACACAUCAUGUUUGCAUCAUCCACAAUCAGUGAAGUUGGUCAUAAUAAGCACCUUUGCGUGACACACACACAGUCAGCUCCCUUCCUCUACCUUCUUUAUGUCCAAUAUUUCUUUUCUAACUGUGCGACACGCCGAAGAAAAAUGGUUGGGAGGUCCGUGAUUGCGGGUCUGGUGGUCCUUCUGGUGGCUGCAGUGAGCCUGUUCCUGGGGGUGUUCAUGGGCUUGGGGAAGAAGAACACGGCUGCCCCCAUGGACCACUUCUAUUCAAAGGCUGCUGUGGCUGCUGAUGCUGGGAAGUGUUCAGAAGUGGGGAGGGACAUAUUGAAGAAAAACGGUUCAGCCGUGGACGCGUCGAUCGCUGCCUUGCUUUGUGUCGGCCUUUUGAACGCUCACAGCAUGGGCAUCGGCGGAGGGCUCUUCUUCGUCAUCUAUGACUCUUCUACAGGGAAGGUGGAAACCAUCGAUGCGAGGGAGACGGCCCCCAUGAACGCCACUGAGGACAUGUUUGGCAACAGCACCAAGCUUUCCCGUACAGGUGGAUUAUCCAUAGCCAUUCCCGGGGAGAUCCGUGGUUACGAGAUGGCCCACAGGAGGUAUGGCAGGCUGCCGUGGAAGGACCUGUUUGAGCCCAGCAUUGCUUUGGCACGGGACGGCUUUCCUAUCGGAAAAGCGUUGGCUCACGCCAUCUUGAGGAGCAAAGAUUCUAUCCAAAGAGAUGCCAACAUGUGUGACGUGUUUUGUGAUUCUCAAAGAAACAUACUGAGGGAAAACGACAUUGUUCGAUUUCCAAGGCUGGCCGACACAUACCAAAGAAUAGCAGAAGAGGGUCCUGAUGUGUUUUAUAAUGGGUCCAUGGCACGCACCAUCGUUGAGGACAUCCAGGCGGCAGGCGGCAUCAUCUCCCUGGAUGAUUUGUUGGAGUACCAGCCUGUGCUGAACGAGAACCCUCUGAAGCUGAACGUUGGAGAAUACACCAUGCAUGUCCCAGACGCCCCCUCCAGUGGCCCCGUGCUGGCACUCAUCCUCAACAUAGUGGAGGGGUACAACUUCACAGGCACAAGCGUUUCGACAGCAGAGAAAAAGACUCUGACGUACCAUCGGAUCGUAGAGGCUUUCCGUUUUGCUUAUGCUAAGAGGAGCCGACUCGGGGACCCGCGCUAUCUCAAUAUCACUGAUCUCAUUCUAAACAUGACCUCAGACUACUUUGCUGAUGGCAUAAGGAGUAAAAUUACAGAUGACACCACCCACCCAGACAGCUACUAUGAGCCAGACUACUUUGUCCCAGACAACCAUGGGACGGCCCACCUGUCAGUCAUAGCCGAGGACGGGAGCGCAGUGGCAGCCACCAGCACCAUUAAUUUAUACUUCGGUUCCAAAGUCAUGUCUCGAUCAACUGGAAUCAUUUUUAAUGACGAAAUGGACGACUUCAGCUCUCCGCACAUGACCAACGGGUUUGGAAUCCCUCCUUCACCAAACAAUUUCAUUCAACCAGGGAAGAGGCCUCUGUCGUCCAUGUGUCCUACGAUCAUCUUUGACAAAUACAACAAAGUGAAGAUGGUUGUAGGAGCGUCCGGGGGCACAAAAAUCACCACAGCCACCGCCUUAGUCAUCCUCAACUCCUUGUUCUUCGACUAUGACUUAAAGAAAGCCGUGACGGAGCCGCGAGUUCACAAUCAGCUCAACCCAAAUAUGACGGUGGUGGAGCGAGGCUUUGAAAAGAGCGUCCUGGAGGGUCUUGUCCAGAAGAACCACGUGACACAGCUGCUGCCGACCCCAGACUCGGUGGUCCAAGCAGUGGUGCGACAGGGAGAGCGCCUCUGUGCGGAGUCCGACCCCAGGAAGGGAGGCUAUCCGGCAGGAUACUGACCGCCACUUCUGGACCUCCUCUGCUCCUCCAAGUCUGGACUCGGCCUCCUCGACGACACUCGGAUGGAGCCACGAUACAAAAAGGUGCCUUCAAGGAAGACUGAGAAGAAGCAGUGUUUAAGCUACGGAGAAACAGCCACCACUUUUAAACAUGGAAAAAUGGCCAAAACCUCCUUUACUCAAACUCAAUUAUUACUUUUUUCUCAUUUUUAUAACUUGAGUUUGGAAGUAAAAUAGGAGGUUGGACCUAGUUUGAAUCAUUUAUGAAUACCAUUUUGUACUGGUGGGGUUUUGGGGAAACCUAGAACACCAUCUUCUUUAUACAAUAGAUCUAUUUUAUGUAUAACAUACAAAAAAAGAAGUAAACAUCAAUAAAUCAACACUAUGCAUUUUUACUUGCGAAUCUGUGUGGUUGAAGGUUGUCCAUGUAGUACUUUUAUCUUUUCUAUUGUCAAACCAUCAAUUAAAAACCAGACCUGUUAACAAACUAAAAAUAGACACCUCAGGUUGUUUGCCUCUUUCUACCCAAAUCUUAUUCCUGCUGGAAGUCGGUUAUGAAACAAAACGUGACUCUACAGUGACACUAUUACUCUUGAACUGUAAAUGUUUAAUAUCGAGUUUAGAUUAGGUUAAGUUAAUGUAAAGUGUAAUCCUGAAAAAUACAUUUGCAGAUAUAUUUUUCUAAACAUGCAUUGUUCUUAUGCCAUGUUCUUAUGCCAUGCUUGUUAUUAGACAUUUUGAACAACGAUGUUAUAUUUUACCACACAGACCCUGUGAAUAUCUCUGUGCUGCUUCUGUUACUGGAAUAUUAGGCAUGAAAUCACGACAUACACAUUGUGGCUGGGCAGAUUUUGUUAUUUAGGGUUUAUACUGAGCCUCAUGCACUGUGAUAACACAUUAAUACAUUUAAACAGAGGAAAGCAGCUGGCGCAGUGAAUGUUUGCCAUUUUUGACUGAUUAAAAAGAUUUUUCAAAUAUAAAA